AUGACAGAGUAUAAAACUCUUCACGGACCAAUAAUUUGUUGUUGACCACAAGAUCCCAUCUAUAGAUCGCGCAGUUGAUCAGUACGAGAAAAAGUAAGUUCCCUUUUAUUUCCCAAAAAAAUAAUUAUUUUUGCGAACUGCGCCCGAAAAAACAACGUUUGCUUUUUUUUGCCAUACGCUGGUGAAUUUCGCGGGUAUAGUAUAAUAUAAUUGUAGAAGAUAGUGGUAGAACUAGCUGUAAAGUCGCGUGUAAACGUCUUUCAGCUUCAUUUUUUUCUGGACCUCCAUGACUUUACAGUUUUUUUGAGUUUUUCCCCAUUUUUUAUCUAAAAUAUAAUUUUAUCCUUUUAUUUUCAGCCAAUGCCAAGUCCAGGAAGGCAUAAAACAAAGGUGGAGCACCCUAGCCCCCCGAAUGAGCCCGGGGGGCCUUCGGAAAAUCAAAAAGGGUGCUCACCUUUUGUUUCCGGCCCUGGUGUGGACGUUUCUGGUCGAACCGGAGCACCCCGGCCCUCCGCUUCACUCGGGGGGCCUUCUGGAAAAUCACGGGUGCUCGGCAAGACCAGAUAAAGUAAAAUUUUGUUAUUUUGGACCUUGAUUUAAGCUGAAAUGAUACAAUCUAAUUCUAUUUUCAGAUGGAGAUCAGUCCGAACCGAAGUGGGCACCCUCGCCCCUGA